GUCAGUAAUGGUGCCAGUGUUUAACACACUCCCACUGGCAAGCAUCAGUAAUAGUGCCAGUGUUUAACACACUCCCACUGGCAGGCGUCAGUAAUAGUGCCAAUGUUUUAUCCCAUUGGCAGGACGAACCGGUUCUACAGAAAUACAUGUCGACAUGUGCUAGCGUUUACAGCUCCCACUAGCGGGCGUCAGUAAUCAUGACUAUAUCCGAGACAAAACCAUGCAGGAUUUCCAAAAAUCCAUAAUUCACAAUCAAUCUCAAAUCUCAUAAACAAACCAGAAAAUUUUCAUGUGACCAUGGAUCCCGUUUCUGCUCUUGUCUUCCCGCUGCAACCCGAGAGGAAAAAAAGAAAGGGAACCCAGCCAGCCUUUGAGAAACUAGUGAGAAAGCUUGGAGAUUUCUCCUUCCUUCUUGCUCUAGAACACACCUAGAACCCAGAAAUCUUCCCUCCCCUGCUGGAAAAGCCGGAUCUGCUCUGCUCUUCUGCCUUUGUCCGCCGGCUGCUCUUGUUGUGGGUGCAAAUUCUGGGCAUUUUUUCGUGAUAGAAAUAGCAUUGUGAUUCGGAAUAAUCCUAAUGAUGAUUUCCGUGUGAAUUUGUGAUAGUCCGGUAUUAAUUAUGAGGUGUUUUGAUUAGGUUCCCGAUCGUUCUGUCAGUUAGUGCGUGAAUUGAGUGCUCGGUUUUAUGCAAGUGAGGUAAGUAAAUUUAUGGUAAUGCC